AUGAAUGAUUCGGAAAAUCUUCCCGAUGGUAUUAAACAAAUACAUCAUACCUUAAGCACUUACAUCAGACAGAGACAGGAUGCUCUGCAUGUUCGACGUGUCCUUGCUGCUCACCUAAAUUCCAAUGUGAAUGCUGGAGAAAGUAUCUUGACGCCUAUAAGUUCGUCUCUUCCAGAGCCUACUUCUGAUGUCAAGCAAGGAUUGGGUUUUCCGGGUGUUCAACAUGAAUAUCUACGCAGUCUUCAUGCUAAUCUGAAGGCCCAAAGAGACUUUGCAAUUCUCAGUACACAACAUGAUGAAACAGAAUCUCAUAGCGAGAUGCGAGCAAGGACUCAAGACAAGGUUACAUCUAAGGAAGUAUCUUUGCAGGCUUUUCUAGUCUUAGAAAAACGACGUCAGAGGCAAGAACGCUUUCGCAUUAUCCAAGAUACUGUGGAUCAACUUGCACAGAAGCCCGCUGCGACACAAGCUUAUCUGGACCCAAAGAGCUCAGAAGUGCUGAGAGAUACUGGAUCGUUACCGCCAGUACCGCCGAGUGUUAUAGCACCCACAGAAUAUCACCAAGACUCUGAAAGAAUUGAAUUGAAAUCACUGGUCAAUCGAUUGGAGAAGUCGGUCCUCCGAGCACAGCUUCUCCUCAAAAAAGAGCAGAAGUUAUUAGCAAAAGUUAGAGGUGGAACCACCACAUCUACAGAUCAGCAAGAACAGGGUAGUCGACAGCAAGCACUGGGAACAACCCGUAAUGAACUAAUUAACUGGAUCGAGAUGGAAUUAGGGAAAGCCGGAGAUUCGACACCAGCAACGGAGGGGCAAGGCCUAAGUAUGCCUGAGCAUGAGGAGAAGGAAUACAUUGAUUCUCAACUUGUAUCCAUAAAGCAAAUAUAUGAGCGAUACCUUGAUAUCAGAAAAAGGUUAAUCGUCGCUGCUACUGGGGAUCUUACUACACCACUCCCUACAGAUGUUGGAACAGAAGAUUCAUCUGGCAUACUCAUAGAAGAAAAUCCAAAUAACUCCUCGAACAUCACAAAUGCGCCGACAUAUCCUUACCUUGAAGAUCUGGUUCUCAUCUCAAACGAGCAGAAGUCCACCAUACAGCAAAGGUCUUAUCUUACUAGCAGUCUCACAAGGCAACACAAAGAAGCCGGUAAAGAUCUGGAUAAGCUAGUAGACGAAAGCCAUCUCUUGCCUGCUUAUCCCAUGCAGUCUAUUACCACCUCUCAAGGGAAAAGGCUUGGAGAUCCGAUAUCGUUCGAAGAGGAUAUUUCGAAUAGCGAUAAGCCAAGCUCAUCCAGUCGAGCCAAAGCUUGGGUCUUUGCGGCCGAGUCAAGUAGCAUCGCGACUAAAGAGGCAGUUUUAGAAAGACUAGAAGAUGGAGAAUCGGCUCUCACAGAAGCCUACAAGACUUUAAACGACCUUCAAACCCUUUUGGGAUGUGUUCCCGAGGGACAGGGUGUAGAAAGAGAUGUACCUUUUGGCAGGCAAAAGCUGGGGAUCUCGAAUAUCGGAGGUGUUUGGUCGACUCUGGAUGGCAAUCUUGGUGUCAUAAGGACAGACGAUUUGAUGUCGGAUUAA